AUGUCUUCAUCGGAACUUGAUUACAAAAUCCCUCCGGCUCCAACAUACAGGACACCACCGGCACUAGUGACUCUCGUCCUCACAGUCCUCAUCUUAGCCUUUGUGACUUUCAGCAUUGUCUAUUUUUGUAAGCAUUAUUUUCAAGGGCUUUUCCAUAAUUGGGCCUUACAACGCACAGCCUCAGGUUCUGUCGUUCGUGUUUCACCUGAGAGAUCACCACCUAGAGGACUCGACAAUACCCUUCUAGACAAAUUCCCUACUUUUGUUUACUCCUCCGUGAAAGAUCUCCGCGAGGAAAAAAGUUACAGCUUGGAAUGUGCUAUUUGUUUGAUGGAGUUCGAGGAUGAUAGCAUGCUGCGUCAUCUAACCAUCUGCUGUCAUGUUUUCCAUCAAGAAUGUAUUGAUUUGUGGCUCGAAUCUCACAAGACAUGUCCCGUUUGUCGAACCGACCUUGAUUUAAAUCCAAACCAAACGUCGAAACAAGGGGACAACGAUAACGAAAACAACAAUGAUAACAACAAUGUUGAUGCAGACGAGGCUAUGGUGCAGUUCCCAUGCGAUGCUAUACGUAUUGAUGUUAGAGAAGAGGAAAGAAACAAUGUUGGUGAGAUCACUGGAGGUCAAAUAAAUGCCACUAACCAACAUGAUUGUGAGAAUAUGAGCAUGCCACGAGGAGAAGAACCUAGAUUUUCAAAGUCACAUUCAACGGGGCAUUCUAUAGUAAUGAUUAGAGGUGAAGAAAAAGAUAAUGCGAAAUACACAUUGAGAUUGCCUGAACAUGUUAUAAGGGGAGGGCACAACACCUCCAAGAGUUGUACAAAUUACAAUGAAAUGACAUUGACAGAGCCAACACCUUGUAGUAAUUGUGGUUUUGUUAAACCACUAACUGGCUCCUCUUCACUUGCUCAUUCUCAAGACCAUUGA